UGCCCAAUCAGGCAAAAGAUUGCUCCGACUUGGUGUUUGGGGCGACAAUAGCAGCAGCAUGAAGAUGCUCCGCGAAGCCCGCGCGUCCAUUGAGCUCUACGAGGACGACGACAGCGAGUUCAACCCGCUGCUCUCGCCCGCGCCCAUCUCCAAGGACGAGCUGCGCCACGUCUUUGCCCUUGGCAUCCCGCUCGUCGUUGUGCACUUUCUCGAGUUUGUGCCAAACACGCUCAAUGGCAUGCUUCUCGGCCAUCUCUCCACCGCCGCCGACGAGACCCAAGUGUACCUCGCGGCCGGCGGCCUGAGCAACCUCUACUACACGGUGUUUGCCUAUGGCCUCGUCUUUGGCGUCUGCACCGCCAUGGACGCGCUUUGCGCCCAAGCGUACGGGAAGGGCAUGAAGGACGACAUUGGCUAUGUGCUUCAGACCGCCGUCAUGUGCGCGCUCUGUGUGUUUGUACCGCUUGCGCUUAUGCUCGGAUUUGCCGGCACCUUUCUCGAGUGGAUGGGCCAGUCGCCCGAGAUUGCGCGCGUCGCGCAAUCGCUCACGCGCUGGAUGAUCCUCGAGCUGCCGUGGAGCUUUGCGUACGAGAUCCUCAAACGCGUGCUCCAAGGCCAAAACAUUGUGCUGCCCAUCGUGUUUGCCAUUGGAUUCGCCAACGUGGUCAACGUCGCAACGUCAUAUGGGCUCAUGUACCACACGUCAAUGGGCUACAUGGGCUCGGCCAUCUCCUUUGCGUUGGUGUUUGCUACUGCUGCACUCGCGCUCGUGCCCGCGGUGCGCAAGCUACCGCACGUCCCGUUUCAAGAGCGCUGGGCGAUGUCCGAGGUGCUGCACCGGCUUCCGUACUUUAUUUCGCUCAGUCUCAACGGCUGGGGCAUGUUUGUGUUUGAGUUUGUCGCUGUUGCGCUCACCUCCUUCCUCGCCGGCGGGCUCCCACAUGCCAACGUGGCCAUGAGCGCCAACAACAUUUACAUGGGCUUCCGCACGCUCUUCUCGAUGGUCUUCUUGGGCAUCGGCAUGGCCGCAUCGAUUCGCGUCGGGAAUGCCCUUGGCGGGAAUCUUCCGUGCCGGGCCAAGAUUGCCGCGUGGCAAACCGUCGGGCUUGCGGUCACAUGGGCGCUGCUCACGAUGCUGGCCAUGUGUGUCGUGGGCCCGUACUAUACAACGAGCUACACGCGCGACCCGGCCAUCUACGAGGUUGCAAAGGACCUGUUCUGGAUCACAGCGCCGUUUCAGAUUCCGAUGGGAAUCUGGGCAACGAUCCAAGGUGUCUUUCGUGGCAGCGGCAAACCGGACAAGGGCAUUUGGGUCAAUUUGGUGGCGUUCUUGGUCGUGGGCGUCCCGCUCGGCCGCUUUCUCGCUGUCUCGUGCGGCCUCGGGAUCGUCGGGCUCUGGCUCGGCGUCUGCACCGGCUUUUCAAUGUGUGCAGUCUAUGGCCUUGUGUGGCUCUACCACGUCGAAUGGAACGACUUGGUGCUUGAAGUCGACGCCAAGUUGCUUGCCUAGUUGGUAUAAGACACGCUUCUUAUCUUU